UUGAAAGAAGCAAAAUAGUAUAUCAUGUUUCAUCCAAUUGAUUCCUCAGUGUGGGGGGUGUAGUAUCGUUUACAUACGGUGCUAAAAAUGUGACUAGACGCGCGUGAGGACCGAUGGGACGCAUUCGUUGACGCUCCUUCUAAAAAUGGAACGGGGUGUUAGUCAACGUCGUGUGGUGUCUUCAGCGUAGUGUCAGCGACGUUGCUGCAGUUAUGUAACGGCCCUUCGAGCUCCGCAUGGACACGUGCAUGUGGAAGCGCCCGCGUGCACCUCCACGUCGGAAGUUGGUCGUGCGACGCAAUCGCGCACGCGGUCCUGAUGGUCGCGCUGCGCGCUGGCCGGAGCACUCCUAGUUUCCUAGCAACACAUUGUUGACGCCACUGCUGACCCAAUGAAUACAAAAACACAUGGCAACUGACUGUUACAUCACCCUGACCAUACCGCGGUAUUUUCGCUGCUUACGUUGCUAAGGAGUCAAGACCAUAACAUAAUUAAGUGUGCAAGAAAACCUUUGCAGUGUGAACUUUGGUUGUUGAUCAAUUUGUACUGUGACGGUGUUAGAAUCUUGUUUACAUAAGCUUCUCAAUUGACCUUCAUUCUACACAACAGUUCCUGUAAUUAAUAUGGCGCCUAUGCGUGGUGAGAGAGGCGGAUCCCCCGCGCGAGGCGCACGGGCAUCGCUGCCUUUACCACGGCGCCUCAUUCGGCAGAUCGCAAGACAUGUGGCCUCCAACGGACGUUCACUGCGAAGACUAGAAGUCUCCGGCAGGGUCAUAGACAAUUUCGAUGAUAUAGACGACGGGUCAGACGAAUCCGAUAUGGAGGUGCCACAGCCAGCGGUGGCAAUAGGCGGCAAUGCGGGCAACCUUCCUCCGGCCGAUGACGACGACCUGACCAGCCUCAGCUGGUUGCAGGACAGGAAUCUGCUCAGAGGAAUAAAUCUAACAAAAGGUGACGUGGAGGACGGCAAAAUGAUUGGCAGUCAUGUUGUAAUAAAGACGGAGUCAAAGACCCCACCCCCCGUCAUUCGGCCACCUUCGCCCCCCCGCACUCCAUGCAAAGCUCCCCCCUCCCCUCCAGCGAGCGCUCACACGAAGCCCCCUUACUCCUUCUCCUGCCUCAUCUUCAUGGCUAUAGAAGCGGCGCCGGCCAGGGCUCUGCCAGUGAAAGAGAUUUACGCCUGGAUCGUAAAACACUUUCCGUAUUUCAAACACGCCCCGCAAGGAUGGAAGAACAGUGUGAGGCAUAAUUUGUCUUUGAACAAGUGCUUCCAUAAGCAGGUGGCAGCCGCUCCGGGCCUCGGCAAGGGCUCGCUGUGGACCGUCGACCCGCAGCAUCGGGCUUCCCUAUUACAAGCAUUCGGUCGCCAACCAAUCCCGGCGUCCCCGCCCCUGCCGCCCGAGUCGCCGCCCGGCAAGAACUCGCCGGACCCGGCGUUGUUCCCGUUCCUGUCGCGCCGGCUCGCCGGGCCCGCGCCGGACCCCGCACCGGACCCAGCGCCCGGCGCCGACGAGUACCUCGCGGCCGCCACCGUGCUCGCUAUGAAGUAUGGGCCUAAGGUCCUUGAUCAGUUACCACCGGCGCACCUCGUAAUCUCGCGAUGCGCCCGCGACGAGCACUCGUACUCGGGCGGCUGCGAAGAACGGCGCACGGCCGAAGCCCUGCUGAACCUCGCCGGGGUGCCCUCGGAGCCCGCGCCCUUCCAACACAACACCGCGCAGGCCCCCAGCUAACGGGAAACGGUGAUGAUGAUGAACGCAUGACGCAUGUGGAGGUAAUUCUGUCUUCUAGAAAAUUCUAUUAGAAAUUUUUUGUUUGAGAACAGCGGAGCGGUUGUGAAUCGACAAUUUCUUGGUAUGAUUUUUUUUUAGAUGUUAUUAACGUUUUUUUUGAGGAAUGUCUAGGAAAUAAAUAUACCUAACAGUACGUAUUGUAUGAUUAAAUUGACUAUUGUAACCCAUAAAAAAUGUUCAGUUUUCGCCCGAAAAAAAUCAAUGUUCAGUAUCUUAAUGUUUUAGUCUAGAAAUAAAAGAUCAUUGUUAAAUUAAAUGGUCUAUUGCAUUGAGACACUGAUAUCAAUGCAACCAAACACGCUCCGCUGUUCCGGAAAUUCGGCCUUUUUAAUUGAACAUUGUAAUUUGUUACCGCAACUAAAACGUAAAAUUUCUACCAGAAAGACGUUCUGUAAUUAUUGUAUACAAUUGUUUUGCUUGUUUUUUUUUUAAAAGAAGGCGAUUUUUGCGUGUAUGUUUCGGGUUGUGGUGAAUUAAAAUUUCGAAUUAGUGUUCUUAAAAGUUUGUUCGUAGUAGUGCUCAAUCGGUCAUUUAGAUACGGAGUAAUAUUUUAUAAGUUAUAAAAAAAUAUAUCCGUUGAAAUUUCUUUAAGAAACCCAUUAGUUUCGCCAGAGCAUAGCCCUGGUAAUGAUUAAUUGUUGACAUAUAAGUUCUAAGAACGACUUUUUGUUGCCUAUGAAUUUUUAUGUCUAUUGUUUCCAUGGUGUAUCAUAGACAAAAAUGUUUACCAAUCUCUAGUCCAAUAAAGACAAUCAUAUUUUACAAUGGCGUGUACACUUUUAUGUCAUUACUAUUAUUAAAACAUUUCUUCCUACAUCACAUAAUUUAUUAUUAUUUUGUGAAAAAAAAUAUGUUCGUAAAAGCUCAUUUAUACUAUAGGAUAUACAUUUGAAUAAUAUGAACAGUAUAAAAUACACUCUGUAUACGAACUCGGAAGUUUAUGUCCAUUUGUAUGCAAAUUCUAAAGCGGCUUUCUGAUUGGUCGUCGUUAUGUAAAAUAAAAUUCGCCAUAGUGUCAAGUUUAUUAAUCUUCAUAUGAGCAUUGUAAUCUAUGAAAUUUUAAACAUACGUCAAUAUUUUUUCACAGAUUUACUGUUUAAUGGUUUGAUAGUUUUACUUAUCAACAAAUUUAUUUUUUUGCUUAUGGCGACCGUUCGCAAGGCCAUUUUACGUAUAAAUGAGUUUCAAUAGUAGUGACCAUAGUGAUAGAAGUGAUACUAAAAUAAUAUGGAAUAUUGUUCAAAAUAUUAACUGAUAGUUAAAUAGUACUCCUGACCAUGCAUUUAGGUUUUCAUUUUCGUACUAAUAAGUUAAAUUUAGUAUAAGAACCCUUUUCUUUUUAAUGUAAUUCAGUUGUGUUUUUUCCGUCAAAAAUUGUGACUGUGAAAAUUAUUUUUAUUUGACGGAUAUGAAUGCAACAUAAUAUUUUAAGAUAUAAUUUAGUUAUAUUUAUUCGCUUAGCCUGCGGUUACGGUUGCGGCCAUGUUUUGUAGCUGAAUUUUAAAUAAUUGUUUUAACUUUUCGAAAAUAAUACCUAAGCAAAUAAUUAACUGUAAACUGAGCAAUAUAGAACAUAUAAAUUUAUAUUAUAUUAUAUAAAAUAUAUGUGUGAUCUGAACGCUAAUAUACAAAUAUGUAUAACAUACAGGGCGAUCAAAAUGUAUUUAUGCAAUCUUCCUUUAAAAGUGAUACAUACAUACAUAUUAUGUGUAUAUAUUUAAAUGUAAUAGCCAAUAGUUUUAGUCGUAAGGAGACCGUUUUUUGUGUUCAAACCAAGUGAUCUACUUCAUACAAUUGCCUACAGUUAACAAAAUUUUAUUUAUUCAAUUAUAUUGCUAUAAUUUAAGGAUUAUUAAGUCUGUGGCAGUUUGCCGGUAUAAAAAAAAUGUAUCUUAUUGAGUAAUAAGUUAUAGAAUUCUCCAUCUCAUAGAAUCUGCGGCAAUUCUGCCACAGAUUAGCGGUAAGUAAUGGCAGUCGCCAGGAUAAUAGUGAAAUCUUAACUGUUGAUAGAUAUAGUGAACAAGUGGUGAAGGAAAAUAUAGUGAGAAAACUUGCAUGUUAGGUUUCCUUGUUAUAUGGGUCAAGGAGGUCAGACGGGAACCGCUCUGUUACCCUGACUACUUCUAAGUUGCGGUUAUGGCAACUUCUGUAUAAGAUAAAGUGUUUAAAAAAAACAGAAAAAUCAGUGGCGUUGUCCCUUUUUAAGUUAAUACUCUGUGAUUCCCAUUAGCACUGAGAAAAUUUGCAUUGUAAUGUGUUUUUUACAUGCUCCUGAAAACACUUUGCUAUAAUGUGCAGUUUUAAUUGCUCGCCGCUCACUCUUAAAUAAUCGUAUCGUAAUAAAUAUAGGCUCAUUAUCUGAUUGUAUACUUUUUGUGAAUAGUGAAAUGGGAUACAGUAUAACAGCUUCUCGUAAUUCAGUUAAUACUUGUCAAAAAAAAUUGAAACAUUUUAAUAUUAAGAAUUGUGAAAGCAUGAAUGUUUAGAUAUAAGGGUACGAGGUGGUUUUUCUCUCAAGUGCCUACUGAAAUGCUUCUAAUCUAUAAAUGUUAGCAAAAUUAAGAUUGGCUAGUUUGUUUUGCAUGGACAAGUACCGAGAUCAAGGAAUAUCAGUUGAGCAUGAGAUUUCUUAAUGUAUUAAAAUUCACGCAAAUUAACAAGGCAGUGUAUUAAAAGUCUCAGUGUAAUUAAAGUAUAUUUUAUAAAUAGUCUCGGUACUUACGGAAAGCCUUGAAAGAUACACCAAGUAGUGAUUUGUGAUAAGAAAGCAAUCUUUUCUAAACAAUCUGCUUUACUAUGAGCAAUCUAUCGAGUCUUCGUGAAUUUCUGUAACUGCCUUUACUCAUCAUAAUAAAUAAUCACAUUAGCAAAUAUUUUAAAAUAUAUAGAUACAUAAUAUAGGGCCUAAAACGCAAUUCGAAAUUGUUAUUUAACAAAGAGCAUAUUUAAAAAUAUCGUAUUCAAAUGUGAAAAGUCGCAUGAUUUCGAAAUCACUUCGUUUGUGUAAAUUAAAAAUUAGAAGGCAUUAUUUAUAAUAUACGCAUAGAAACAAUAACUAGACUGAUGUAAGGACUGAUUUGUGAUGAAGCAAUAUUAUUUAUUAGUAAAAAGUAUGUUUUAUUUUUUGUGGUGUCACGGAAACUAUAUCAUUUUGUCUUUUAAUGUAUUUAAAAAGUAGCAUUUGAACAUCCACGGAAUACCAAAUAAGAAGAAAUAUUAAAAAAUUAUAUUGCCUGAACAGCGUCUAGCUUGGAUUUUCAGUAAAAAAAAUACAAUUUUGUUUAUUGUUUACAGAGAAUACUUUUAUUUAUUAAAUCGUAAUUUCAUUUUUAAAUGUAUUUUUUACGACAGUUGUAGGCAUCGAGAGGUCGCUGUGUGCCAAAUGUUAAAUCAGUACCAGAUUCAUACCAGUUAUAUCGAGUGUAUUUAUGGUGAUGUAACACUUAGAAGUAGGUCUUAAGUGAUAUUAAAAAUAUGUAAUUGCUAAAACAUAAGUUUUGCUGUAUUUAGAAGCGUCUUCCAUCUUAUUCGUAUUGUUUUCUCUUAGACAUUCGCAGUCGGGGAAUAAAGUCGAUGUUUUAAACCCGCGUGUUUUACGCUGCACUUAAAAAGUGUACUUGAAAUGCUUCGCAAUAUUAAUUAUAAGUUAAAUAAUGGCCAUGCGCGCUUGGAACUAAUACAUUUACAAAAUGUAUUUGCCUCAUAGACUUUUUUCACCGACUGAACAAAACUAGCCUUUCUUUUGGUGGUAUAAUGAUUAGAUAAAAAUUUACAGCAAUAAUUAGUACCUAAUUGUAGUAAUUUGCUGGUAGAUGCUAUAUAUAAUUAUGUGUGAUAACUUGCGUUUUAUUUAUUUUAAUACUUAAGACAGCUUGUGCAACCUUUAGCAUACACCUAAAGUCUCCUAUAGACUUGAUUUACAAAAUGUAGAAGACUGUCCUUUUCAAAAGUAUAAAUCCAUUGCAUUUUAAAAAUUAUAUUUAUUUUAGCUUGCGAAAAAUUAUGCCUGGAAUACCAAACUUUAUUUUAAACAUAUGCUUUUUCUUCUAGAUUUUUAGAUACAGCUAAGGAAAAUGCUAGGUUGCAUAAGUUAUAAUUAUGUAUACAUUAGCAACUUGUUUUGAUGUCAUUUAAAUGGUACAAAUAUAGUUGCUUAUGAAUGCGAAUGUGCUUUUUAAUUAUAUCUCUUUGAUAUUAAAAUCGUUGCGGCUCAUGUAUUGUCAAAAACAGAUCAUAUUUUAUCAAUUAAUUUAUUUUAGGUUAAUAAUGCUGUUAUUUGGUUUCGUGUUGAAUUUUGUUUGUAAAACGAAUAAUUUUUAAAAUUAUGGGAUAUUUUAUCCGAAGUAUUUUGAUGUUGCCACUGUUCAUGCCAUCAAUGAUGAAUAUAAUUCUGUACUGUUGUCUCGCUCGAUCAUUAAGUAAUCAUGAAAACUAAAGAAGGACAAAAUAUAUUUACAGUGGUUAUAUCAAUGAAUCUUAAAAUCCUAGUUAUACGUUGGUAUGUCCGAACUAUAUUUAAGUAUGAAAUUAUUAUUGUUGUUGUUGAUAUUUUGCCGGCUUUGAAACGAAACCACUCUUUAUUGCUAUUGUUGAAAGUUAUUGCCAAAUUUUUAUUUGUCCUAAAAUCUUUUGGUCUUUGUACAUAUCCAUUAAAUAAAUUAUGUACUGAGGA